AUGAAUGAUUUCCGCACCAACAUAUGGUCCGUGUUUCAGCCAUUAUACGAGGACAAGUGGGAUCAAGCUAGGUGGGAUGCCGCUGUAGCGCGGUUCAGGGCAACGCACAACCCCGCAGUCGUGGACCGCUUUAUGAAAAAGGCACGGCUGCCAACAUGGGAAGCCCUUGAGGAGCAGAUGAAGAAGGGUCCACCUGCGUUCCUGCGCCCUGGCUGGCGAAGCCCCCUCCUCGGCAAGAGGGUGGACCUGUCAUGGCUCGAUUCGGACGCAUUUGAGUGCAUACGACCGACCAAGGACGGGUGGAGAAACAAGAAGGUAGUCGUGAUUGAAUUCUGGGCAUCGUGGUGCCGGGUACGUGCGGCACCCCCGCUUCCAUGUCAAUUCUCAAUUGGUGUCCCAUCUUCUUCAGCCUUAAUUAACGCGACCAAACCGGACGUCAAGGUCAUCACCUUCAAUCACGAAGGCAUCUUCAACAAAACGGCGAUUGUCGGUCCAUCCCGGAGUGACAUGGACUACCCGAUAUACAUCGACUCGCAUCGCGUCGCCGUGCAAGGUAUUGUGUUCAUCAUCACCACCAAAGACCAAAUAGUGCAUUGGGUUGGCAAUCCGGAGGAGAUGGCCGCUCCGCUUGAAAAGGCCCUGAGUUCUCCGUGA